AUGUCCCGUAAACCUUCUCCCUCCAACUUAUCACAAGGCACGGUCGAUGGGACCUGCAAUCUCUUAGGAGUUUUUUGUAUUCUACUUUUGUUAGGUUUGGGCUUUGUAAUAUGUUUUGGUAUCUCUCUUCUAUUGGAAGGUUAUUCAGAAGUGGAGUUCAUCAUAGCUGAUGCCUCAAUCACUGAGUUCAAUUUCACAAGCGACAACACCUUAUAUUAUAAUCUUAAGCUCAAUAUUUCUGUGAAAAACCCAAACUUCGAAAACCAGUAUAUGGGCCCGAUCCAUGCAAUUUCUUCUUAUAAAGGUAAUAAAUUUGCUGCGGCGGAUAUGAAACGAUGUAAACUAUAUGGCAGAACUACCAAUUUACUUAAGCCUGUCAUGUUUUACGGGAACAGUUUGAUCAAACUCAAUGCUCAAAAACUUAUUGAGUAUGAUAAUGAGUCACGAUUGGGAAUUUUUAAUUUAGAUUUGAAGUUAAAUCAAUAUGGUUAUUGUCUUGGUUUGAAAGUUCCUAUGAUUUCUAAUGAAAAUUUAGAAUCUACUUUCAAUGUUACCAAAUGCUCCCGUGAAUACCAGGGAUCGUGCUAG